UUUCGCUUUCAUAGAGCGUGCGUGACUCGGGAUAAUUCUGUGGUGAUUGUCAGUGUCAAGUUUCUUUCAUACUCAGUGAAUUUGCGUUUUUUACCUCAAAGAUUAGAUGUGGUCUCAGAAAUAAAAACACAACAAUGACGAUAACCACUAAAAUGGAGGUAGACUCCGUGAAAGGAGAAGGAUUUAGACCGUACUACAUAACCAAGAUCGAAGAAUUGCAGCUGAUUGUGGCAGAGAAGUCUCAAAAUCUACGACGUCUGCAGGCCCAGCGUAAUGAACUCAACGCUAAAGUUAGGAUGCUUCGUGAAGAACUCCAACUUCUUCAAGAGCAAGGCUCCUACGUCGGCGAAGUAGUCAAGCCGAUGGACAAGAAGAAAGUUCUUGUUAAAGUACACCCUGAAGGUAAGUUCGUCGUAGAUCUUGACAAAAAUGUGGACAUCAACGAUGUUACGGCCAACUGCCGCGUCGCACUCCGCAAUGAAAGCUAUACACUGCAUAAAAUUCUACCAAACAAAGUAGAUCCAUUGGUCUCGCUUAUGAUGGUUGAAAAAGUUCCUGACUCCACAUACGAAAUGGUUGGCGGCUUGGAUAAGCAGAUUAAGGAAAUCAAGGAGGUGAUCGAGUUGCCUGUCAAACAUCCCGAGUUAUUUGAUGCUUUGGGUAUAGCACAACCUAAGGGAGUAUUACUUUAUGGCCCUCCUGGUACAGGAAAAACUUUGCUGGCCAGAGCUGUCGCUCAUCAUACAGAGUGUACUUUCAUCCGUGUGUCAGGCUCCGAGUUGGUGCAAAAAUUCAUUGGUGAAGGCAGCCGUAUGGUACGAGAACUCUUUGUGAUGGCUCGAGAGCAUGCGCCCUCCAUUAUUUUCAUGGACGAAAUCGACUCUAUUGGUUCCUCAAGAAUUGAAUCAGGUAGUGGUGGUGAUUCUGAGGUCCAGAGAACUAUGUUGGAGCUGUUGAACCAGCUUGAUGGAUUUGAAGCAACAAAGAACAUUAAAGUCAUAAUGGCCACCAAUCGAAUUGACAUUCUCGACCCUGCUUUGCUGAGGCCUGGUCGUAUCGACAGGAAGAUCGAAUUCCCUCCACCAAAUGAGGAAGCUCGUCUUGACAUCUUAAAGAUCCAUUCUCGAAAGAUGAACUUGACAAGAGGAAUAAAUCUCCGUAAGAUUGCAGAGUUGAUGCCAGGUGCAUCAGGUGCUGAGGUGAAAGGUGUUUGCACAGAAGCUGGAAUGUAUGCUUUGAGAGAGCGCAGAGUCCAUGUCACCCAGGAAGACUUUGAGAUGGCUGUAGCCAAGGUGAUGCAGAAGGACUCAGAGAAAAAUAUGUCCAUCAAGAAGCUUUGGAAGUAACUUUUUCUUUGCAUGUCAUUCUUUUAUUAGUUCUAAUAUAACAACUUUGUCUUAUAAUCUACAUUGUUGUUUUACUGAUUAGCUUUUGGACUAAAACAUUUGUGAAAUAGAAAUACUAGGUUGGAAGUCUGAUUAAAUGCAAACUAAUAAUGGUUUAAGAUCUUUAAUCAAUAAUAAAAAAUAAACAACGGCUAACUUAAUUAGUAAAUAGAUGAAUUUUAAAACUUACUUAGUUUAUUUUACUGAGAAAAAAAAUUGUACAUUAAGUAAUGGACAGUUACAGUUUGUCUAAAUUAGGUAUUUAUAAAGAACAGUAAUUAAUCUCAAUUAAGCUAGUCCUUAUAAGCCCCUUUAACUUGAUAUACCAAUAAAUCAUAAAAACAGAGAUGAGGAAUAAACUGCAAAGCAUUUAAUUAAAAUAAAAUGAAAAACUACAGAGAUUAGGAAGAAAUUACAAAUUAAAAAUUAUAUAAUCAAAAUAAAUUGAAAGUAGGACUUGAAUAAAUAAAUUUUAUUACAACUUUUUAGUAUGAACAGCUUGGAGUUUGUGUAAUUGUCUUUUUAAAAUGAAACUCCAAUUAUUGAUAGUUUCAUUCACAAAUCUAAUCUGAGCAGCAUUUUUGUAGACAUACUGAAAAAUUGCAUUUCUGCUUUCAAAUAUUCUAAGUAAAAGCAAUAUACAAUAGAAAUAUUAGUACAGUAGAUUGCCAAUUAUCCGAAAUAAUUGGGACGGGGGUCAAUUCGGAUAAUCGAAAAUACAGGUAAUCGGACAUAGACUGUUAAUAAAGAAAAACGAACUGUCACACAUAGAAUAAACUUUAAGGUUUAACAAACAUAGUUCUACAAUACUAGAUACAGUAAUAAGUGUACAUAGUACAGCUUUCAACCAUAACAGUUGAAAUAUCUGGACUCGAGUGAGUUCCAACUUGUUAGAACAUAACAAAAACUGACUUGGUUUUAUUUUUUUAUAUUACGCUAAGGACCAAUUCGGAUAAUUGGCGAUUCGGUAAAUCGUCGUUCUACUGUACUAUCUAUAAUAUAUCUAUGGUUUCACCAAUGAAAAUGCAAAGAAAAUAGGUAUCAACAGAAACUACAAAUAUAAAACAAUAAACUUCAAGUAUAUAUAUACUUGCUGGAAAUUGGAAUUUUUACUCAGUAAACUUAUUUCAAUACAUAGUUUGUUUGGGGCUUGCACAUGUGCAAAAUAGGUCGUUUGACGAAAAUUUCCGUUCUGUCGUGCGACUUUCAGACAUGGUAUUUUCUGAAUAUAAUAAAACCACGUACUGUGUAGGUAUUCCCCUUCCGGUUAAUCAAACCGGCAGCUUGACUUUACCCCUCUGCCACUUAACAUUUCAAUCAAACUAUUUUUUAUUGAUUAUUUAUUUAACAUUUAUAUAGGUUCCUACAGGAUCUUAUAAUCAAUGUGCGCGCGGCACCCUUAGGCCCGAGGCAACAUUUUAAACAAACAUUUAUCUUCUAAACAACCGUUUAAGCAUUUUUUUGUGUUCACCACGUGCUAACCGGCGGUUAUAUCCCUUAGGGCCGAGUUCACCAACAUUUUAAACAAGCGUUUAUCUCGUAAACACCCGUUUAAGCAUUUUUUUGUGUUCACCACGUGUUAACCAGCGGUUAUAUCCCUUAAACGGCUGAUCAACAUAACCGAGCUCGAAACCAUCGUUUAACUGUCGGUCAGACAUGAUUGACGUUUGCUAUGUAUCGGUUGCUACAACAAUUUUAUGUUAUAUCGACUUUUAAAAAUUUUGUGUUGUGCUAAGUUGUCAGUUGUAAGUAAAAUGCAGUCAGUGUUUUAUGUUAUGAUUGAUAACUAUCAAGACUACUACCUAAAUCUUCUUGAGAGUCCAUAAAGAAAAAUUAGAAAGGGGAAGAAUAAGACAGCAGCGAAAUUUGGAUAGUAACUAACAGUGUGGAUAGUACCAGAAAAGCAUUAAUUUCAAAUUAUAUUAAAUAUUAAAAAAACAAGUUUUUUAAAUUCUACUGGUAUAUUUUCUUUAUACAUAUAAAGAUGCCAUAAACAUUAUAAAUUAAAGUCAAUAGAACUAAUCAUACAGAACGUGAGUCCUUAAAUAUAACAAAGAAUAAAACAAACAAAAUUACUAAAAGAAUUCAAGGAUUUUAUUACAUUAGAAAAGUAUAUCUAACUAGAAAACUUAAAUAAUUUAAACACGUAUAUAACAAAUUCAUAAUUUAUUAUUACCUACCCUAACAUAUUUUAUUCAACGAAAGUAAAACAAGAGCAUAAUGAUUCCCGAAAGUAAAACAAUUUUGGGGCUCAUAGAUCAAUGAUCUCAAAAAAAAUAAAAAAAAGGUAAUGAAUAAAUAGGGCAACUUACCUAACCUUUAGGUUACCAGUUGUAUUUUUUGGUGAUCAAUUACAAUUUUUUUUGGAGAUCAUUCAUACAUUUUCCAUAAUUUAUUAAUUAUUUAAUAAAACUACUUUUAUCGGGUUUAAAUUACCUUUGAAAUACAAAUAAAAAUUAUUGUUCUUCUAAAAUACUUAUUCUAAUACGAGAUUCUUUCUCUGCAUUUUCUUGCAAUAUUUUUAACCAUUUUUAUUUUCUCUCUUGUGAGAGUAUCACCCAAUAUCUUGUUUAGGUCUUCUUCAUUUCGGCCAGUCCUCUUCGUUAAGCUUGGAAGGUCUUAAUUCUUCUGAAACAGGCGUUUUUAAAUUAUUUGGAGGCCAUGUAACUCCAGGUUUCACCUUCCUGUAAAAAGCAAUAAUUACUAUAAAAAACUGAAAAGUACGCACUUCAUUAUCAUAUUAGUUAAAAUAGUAUUUGAACUCACAUUAUUUUCAUUUAAUAUGCCUUAUAUAUUUGAGGUACUGGCUUGGCACAAUGAUUCCUCAACUUCAACAUCAUCUUUAUUAUUCGGUUGUCUGACCUAGGCCAUGGAUAAAAAUGUUAUUUCAAUAUUUUCCUGGAAUGCAUUGUAUACUGAAUAUUGAUUAAACGUCAGUAAACAUUUUUUGUCUUUACUAAAAAUACGUCACCUGAAAUAUAAAAAAGCACACAUUGCAGAAACAAAGAACAGGCACGAAAUAUAUUAUGUGAACAAAAAGCAGGAUGUAAUAAAAUAACUUAUAUCAAAUCGAUUUCUUUUCCUCAAAAAAUAAAUCACCACGUGAGUUUUAAAAGUACAUACCAGUCAAAUAAACUCUUUUUUUCUGGCUGCCCGAUCUUUCUUGGUCUGUCUUUUAAUAUUUUCCAAACAACACUUACAAUACCGUAUGUGUUCGAUGGCAAUAUGUGCUGAUGGUGUUAAAUUCUUUAGAAAGACGAAUCCAUCCUUUUAUCUUUAUUGACUUCAUGGUAGGUAAAUAAAAAGUACUAAAAUACUUUUUAUUUGGUCUGAGACCAUGUCCCGGUAUUUUAAAACCAACUCCGAAAGAAUACGUUUCUCGUCACUAGAAAAAUUUAUUGUUCGCUUUUUUGACCUCCCAAUUCCAUUACAAAUAAAAAAUAUGUUUAACACUUUAAUUUCCAAAACUGAAAUUAGAGUUUUCUGCUGGUGGCCCAUAUCUUGUUUUUUAAUUAAUUAACUCCCAAGUACAGCAUACUAUUUGCGGGUGUGUUUAUACUUUUAGUAUAUAUUUAUUAUAUUUUACAUAAUAUGGUUAUGGUGAUGGGGCCAUCACGCGUGGUCGCGUGAUUUAUUCUUCAGGGAGUGUAAAAUGUAAGCAGCGUAAAAUAAUAAAAAAUCUGUUUCGUGACAUGUAUUUUGGAAAGCAUGAUUUAUAUAAUCCCUUCCAAUAAUCUGUAAAUCGUAAAUAAUUUUUUCAUUGCCAGUGUGUAACAGCAGGCCCAGAAAUGUUUUGAACUCUUCAACGGUUAACUGUUCCAUCUUGAAAAACGUUCAUGAGCUUGCACAAAAUCAUCCUCAUCAGAGUUUUCUAAAGCUUCAAGAAUUUCCGCGACGCAGCGCUGCUUUAGUUAGACACUGGAGCAUAUGCGCGAGAAGGACGGUACGGCCUCCUAGUGAGGCACGCCCGUAUCGGACAGAAGAGCUGCAGAGGGCCGCUCGUGCGUAGAAUGGGCAGGCAAUGCCGGAAGGGCCUUGCUGUAAGGGGCUUAACGGGGUGCGAUCGCCGUUUACGCUAACUAACGGGGAAGCUUGUUUGAGAGCUAAAGCGUGUGUGGAUGCUGGCCCGCGCCGAUCAACGCUAAGUUUGAUCGCCGCGUUAGAGACUCGUGAGGCCCAAGCCGGCAGAGAAUCGGUUCCGAAACCGGCGCGAUUCUCACUUACCACUAGAUCAGCACCCGCACAGGCCAACCUAAGCGAAGCCUACUCGGUGGGGUUAAACUGCAACAUGGUUGGUAAUUCAAAACUGUUAGCGUUUGUUCCACCGAAGUCUCGCCGCACGGGCGGUUAGAGAAGCGAGUUGAUAGUAUAGACUAUGCUAAGUCUAAGUUGAAAAAGCGGUGUCGCACUAAGUGUGCCUGCGUCCGCCACGCGUCACAGCGUUGAAAGGCUCGCACGCGUCCAUUGGGCGCUGUUACGAGUUGUUAGCCGGCAAUUUAAUGACGUCGCCAGGAGAGGAGUGAUUGGGGUGGUUUUUGGGAUUGGGAUGAGUGGCGUUUUAUGGAGUGGUUUCGGUCCGAGCUGCCGUCGCGGUCGCGGUCGCUCGGGAUCCGGGGGGCAGCCGGGGCGCUCAGGCGCGGAAGGCCGGAGUUGAGCCUGGGCGGACAGUAGGGCCUCGAGGUCGCGUGUAAUUUUGUUGGGAGCAUCGCAUAGGACGUUCCGUGGUCUGCGGGGCUUGUAAAUAGACUGGGGAGGGGCGUACGCCGCCGCCUCUCUGAUUAGCAGAUUGGAGUGUUUUUCCGCGGCUUGGAAAAACCUCUCGGAGCACUCUUUUAGGUGUGUUUGGAUUGUGGAGAGUUUUAGGUCCCUGUGGAGGUCCGCGUUGCGGACGAACCAUGGGGUGGCUAUGCGGCAGAAGCGAUUUUGAAGAACUUGGAGUUUGUUCAAUACCGCUUCGUCCGCGUGUGCAAAUACAGGUGAUGAGUAAGUGAGUACCGGGCGUAUGCAAACAUUAUAAAGCGUUCGCUUGUUACGGAGAGACAUUUUACUGUUUUUUCCGAUCAUCGGGUGAAGGCGGCUCAUGUAAAAACGCGCGUUCGCGACUACGCGGGUGGCGUGAGGAUGGAAGGUGAUUUUUUUGUCUAGUGUUAUCCCUAGAUAUUUGACUGUGCGGUGCCACGGUAUUGCGAUGCCUUGCAUUCGCAGCGACCGCGCACCGUAUUGUAUGGUUUUGGAGCGGCGCUUGGGGUCGAAGCAAAUAGCCGAACUUUUAUCCGGGUUUACGUCGAUCCUCCAAUCGCGGAACCAAUUCCCAAGAGUAGUGACUGCCGGUUGGAACCUGACUAUGAUUUGGUUUGUGCUGGCUCCUCUAGAGUAGAGGGCCGUGUCGUCCGCGAAGAGGGCGAGCUCGACACCCUUGGUCUUAGGGAUGUCAUUGGUGUACGCUGUGUAUAGGAGGGGGGAGAGGGCGGACCCCUGCGGUACACCGGCUCGGAGUGGGCGGGGUGUAGAUAAAGUACCUUCGUAUCUAUAACGGAAGGUACGAUUUGAUAGGAAAGAGGCUAUUAACCUAACUAGUCGGUCGGGUAAUUCUAAUUUGUAUAAUUUAAAGAUAAGGCCGUCGUGCCAAACCUUAUCGAAGGCUUUGGCGACGUCGAAGAAGACUGCGAUGAUUUUAUAUUUAUUAAAUUGGAAUCCGCUUAGGGCAUGCUCCACUAUGCGGUGGACUUGCUGUGGGCAGGAGUGUUUGGCUCUGAAGCCGAAUUGAUUGUGGAUGAUGAUAGGAUUGGAUGGUGACAGGAGGUGCUUUCUGAGUCUAGUCAGUACUGUUUUUUCGAAUAGUUUUCCCAUCGCCUUGAGGAGGCGGUGGCUACUCGGGAGGUGCGCGGGUUUACCGGGUUUAGGGAUGCCUAUUACGAUGGCUUCUUUCCAGGCGGCUGGGAAGUAGCACAGAUCGAAGCAUGCAUUGAAUAAGAGGGCAAGCAAGGUUAGCACUUGGGUGGGAAAGUGCUUUAGCGCUUUAUUUGAGAUGCCGUCGGCGCCCGGGGCCUUGCGUUGCUUAAAGUUCCUAAUGAUUAGUUUUAUUUCAUCGUUCGACACGGGUUCGAGAGGAACGUCGGUGAGUGGGAGGGCGGUCCGUCGGUGGACCUCCUCUUCUACUUUGCCGAUGUGGUGUGGGUCAGCCGUUUGUGUGCUGGGUGUGCAUUGAUCGGCUAUACUAUCCGCGAAGCAUUCGGCUUUCUCGUCGUCAUCGAAGGCGACGGUACCGUCGGGGCGAGUGAGCGGAGGGAUGUGUGUGGUGGCGUCGUAACGGAGCGCUUUCGCGAUUUUGUAGUAUGCUAGGUGUGACGGGGUGAUGUCCGCCACGAGUUUCUCCCAACGGGAGUGUCUCAAGUCGGCUAACUGUGUUUUCACUUGUCGCUGAUUCGCGGUGGCCCUGUAUUCGGGGGUGGGGUAGAGUUUCGCUCUCCGGAGAGCGGCGUUUUUGGCUUGGAUUAGGGUCCGGGUGGCCAGCGGCAGUUUGCGCUUUGGCGGCGCAACCUCCCGCGAGUUUUCCUUAACCUUCUCGUUCACCAAAGUCGUGAGUGUGUUAAUGGCUCCGUCUAUCUUUUCCGUGCUGUCAAGGCAAUCCGGUGAGACAGGGAGCGGGGAAUCGGGGGAGUCUAGUGCGGUCUCGAGAGCGGAGCGGUAUCCGUCCCAGUUGGUGAAUAGCCUCUUAGGGGGUGCGGGGGCGUCUAGUGGGUCUUGGGGACCUAAAACUAGGGACACCGGUCUGUGGUCGGACCCCAGGUCGUCGAGCGUUUCGAUCGAGCCGAGGCGCAGCGACACAUUUUUAAAAAGCGCGCAGUCCAGGACGUCGGGUCGGUUUUGUACAUUGUCCGGGUAGUGGGUGGGCGCGUAGGGACAGAUGACAUCAUAGCCAAGCUCCUCGGUGAUGUGUAGUAAUCUGCGGCCAGCGGUGGUGGUGGUUUCGCAUGUCCAGUCUGUGUGUUUGGAGUUAAAAUCACCGAACAUUAUGAUUGAGUUACGUAGUGGUGCGGGUGUGUACCUGCUCUAAAUGUAUACUGAGGCGAUGAUUAAGGACUGGUGUCCUGUCAUCGCCAGCCUACAGAUGGUGGCUUCCAUGUUUGUAAGCGGGGGUGUGGGAAUAGGCGUGCAGUGGAGAUCGCGCCUAUAGUAGAUUGCGGUGCCGCCGCGCAUAUGCACCGUCGUUCCGGAUUAACUUGUACUUAGGGAUCGACAGCCCCCUCAUUUGAGUUGGUUUGAGCCAAGUCUCCUGGAGGAGCAGAAAGUCGGGUUCCCUAUCUUGCAAAAAUAUUUUUAACUCGUUUAGGUUUGGUUUAAAACUGCGCGUUUUGAAGGACACCAGUGAGGCGCCUUUUGGUUUGAUGCGCCCGGUGCUUGGUUGUGUAAUGUUUAUUGUGUUAUUGGCCGGCGCUGUCUUUGUUCAAAUAACAAUGGUGUUUAUUUGAGCUAACAUCGCUUGUUUUAGAUGAGGUGAAUGAGUGUUUUUGUUCGUGUUCGGGUUUGUCGGAGUCAUAAACUCGAUUUGUACAAUGCUAUUAUUCGCUAUGCUAUUUAUUUUAUGACUGCGCGCCCGGAACAGCCGGCGGCGCAGGGCUCAUUCAAGGUGCGGGUUUUUACAACCGUACAGCUUUUUGGCUUUGAAUAUCUUAUUGUAGGAUAUUGCUGUAACAUUUUAAACAAUGGUUGGGCAAUUACAAUUGUGCAUUUCGCGUGGGAACGUUAGUCUAAUGGCCAGGGCUGCCAUUGAGCGGCAUUGUCCGGUGAUUCUAUAGAUGAAGAUAGAAAAGCAAUCGGUGCGCCUUGAAUGGGCCGAGAGCCGGCCUGCGCAGUAGAUAAUGGUGCGUGUGGUUUAUUUCCUGUAGCUAUGUUGUAAGCUUUACAGAGAAUCUAACAGAUGUGCGUAUUGGCUUAAAGCUAUUAGUCGGUAUUUUUUGUCCGUCGCUUGUCUCAAAAGCGCGGCCAAAGCUGUGAUAUCUCUGAAAUUGAUAUCGCGGAUGGUGUCAUACACUAGCUUAGUAUCUUCCUCUAGUGAUUGCGUGUUGUGUUUUGGGCCACGGGGUGGGACCGUGGUGUUUUGCCUAGGGCCCCACGAUGGCGUGGGAGCCGUGGUGUGUGCAGGGCUAGCUUUACGGAGUGAGGGGAAGUUUGCCGCGGUGGCGGCCGGUGCCUGUUUUCGCGGUGUUUGAGCGGGCCGCGUGUUAAUUUUGUUGUUGUUUGGCCGUGGGGCCUUUGGGCAGCCUCUGUAGUUGGCUGGGUGACCGGUUUGGCCACACAGCACACAGGCGGGUGGAGUCGGAGCGUCUCUGGUGCGAGUGCACUCCUUAGUUGCGUGAGGUUCCAGGCACUUAACGCACCUGGGAGGGGCCGAGCAGUUGGCAGCGGCGUGCCCGUAGAGCUGGCAGCGGUGGCACUAUCCGGGGGUGCCGCGGCGGUGUGGGGACUCUACCUUGAGCCUGGAUAUGUUACAUACCGUGAGAUCUGUUUUAAAGAUGUCUCUGGCGGACGGGGCGGUUGAGGAUAAGAUCACGAGCGCGAGCGGGUAUUGCUUGCCCGUUCGGCUGUGCAUCUUGUGGACCGCCUCUACCGGGAAUCCCUGGGCGAGGAGGUCCGCUUGGAUGUCCUCAUUAAGGAGUUCAUGGGGAACUCCUCUGAGGACGGCUCUUACCUUGCGCUCUUCUGGGAGAGCGUACGUGUGGUAAGGGAACUUUGACACGGUGAGAAGCCUGGUCAGUUUCCUGAACUCCGCGACGGUGGGAGUGGUGAUUUUGAUUGACUCACCCAAGUUGGAUGCCUGGGUGUAGGUGAUUCUCUGCUCGUUGCAGAGGUCGGCUACUCUCUUCCAUGCGGUUUUGUCCCUGAGGAAGAUCGGUGGCGGGGGCUUGAAUGUCUAGGGACAUCUGCGCCGGGGGCUGGCUCCGCGAGGAGACGGUGGUGGGCUGACUCACCAGAGAUGGGGAGCUGCGCUUGUUGCGCCUCUUUUUCUUCCCCUUGACCAGGGUGAAUGAAGCGCUGUCGUCGUCGGCGGAGGCCGACACCAUCGUGGACUCAGAGGACCCCGAGUCGGAGACGGACCGUUCGGAGGCGGUCCUCUUGGACGGGCCUUGAUGGCCCUGUUGGGAGACCGAGGGGCUCGCGGGGGAGUCCGGGAUUGGUUUCCUAAAGAUGGUUGUAAGGAGGGCGGCCUCCUUUUCGGUGACGGGGUAUCCCUUAGAUUUGGCGGCGGUUUCCAAUUUCAAUUCCUUUUUUAAUACAUCUACUAUGCAUUUAUACGUUGAACAUAAAUUCUCAACAUCUACAAAUGUAAGUGAAGCUAAUUUGUAGCAGUACCUAUUUAAUGGCAAAACUUCGUUAUUUAUAUAAUUUUUCAAGAAUAUUUCACUAUAUUCUCUAGUAUCAAAAUCAGGAUUUAUAUUUAAUACUUAUUAAUUUUGCUUUUUAUUCUAUCGCGGUUAAGCUGUUUGUUCAUAGUAUACAAGCGUGUGUCAUACUCAUUUAAGUGCUAUAAAAUCAAACGUGGUUGCAUACUAAUGAAAUAGCGGCUAGAUUCCUACGCGGUUAACCACCAGUGCAUGACUAAGGGCAGUGAUUGGUGACCAGCAAAACAAUGAUAUUCUUUUAGCCUUACCAUUCCCCAAGGGUAUCAGUUUCAUGUAGCAGUGGAAUUGAUAAUCAGUUAAAAUAAAACAUAAAUACACAACUAAUUAUGCAUUGAUUUAAUUAAUAUAAAAUAAGAUUUGUUAUCUAAAACCCAAUUAGUAUCAUGUUCGGUUAGUAAAAAUAAAUUGUUCAGAAGCAAUUCUCCUUUAGUUGUUAAAUGAAAUUGGGUUUUUUUUACAAACUGCAAUGCAUUGAGGAAACAUACUUAAUUAGUUUUCUCUUAACCCAAUUAAUUCUUAUCUAUAUUGCCAGAAACUGCUACUUGAAAAAGGCAUACAAAGACUACAAUAGGUACCAUUUCGGAUGCUUUUGUAGCUCGGUAAAGCCAUCGACGACGUUAUUUAAAAAUAAAAUCCUCAAAUUAAUUUUAUUUGGUGUUUCUAUAACUGAUUACGAUUCAAAUAAACGGAAGUUGAGCAAAGAAUAUAAAUUGGGUACAAUAAGCAAAAGUAGCAAAUUCGGCAUCAUUAUUAUAAAUACACACAUAAUUACUACAAAAAAAACACACAAAAAAUACUAAUUUAAGAAUGAUAUGACGCAGUAUUAUACAUUGUGAUUAAAAGUAAAAUAUAUAUAUAUUUAUUUAUUGUGGUGGGUAAUUAAAGUUUGUCGUAUGUUUUUCAUGGCAUGUCAUGUCAUUCGGCUUAAAAAUUUAAAAAUAUACAUUGAUUAAGAUCUGCGUGAUUAAGUAAUAAAAAAAAAAUGCAUAUUAUUGUCCCAUAUCUUAAUUGGACAAUAUUACAAUUUAGAAAGAAUUCAUUAUAUCGGUACUUUAAAUUAAUUUCAUUAUUAUUUAUCAUUUAAAAUAAUUUGCAUUAUAAAAAUCAACAUUAUUCAUUGCAUUCUCUGUAGAAACAAAUUAUUAUAAAAACAAUCAUUCCUGCGUGGUGAUAAAAUCAAACUUUGUUAGAUAUUAAAUUCUUAAAAUUAAACUAGCCAGAUAUUUGCUACCUGAAAAAUAUUUCUUCUUUAUUAUAAUUAUCUACUUACUAACCUUGCCUUGUGUUCUACAAAAAGACCUUAAAACUCAGGUAAGUAAGAAAAUUACUCACUUAAAAAUCCAUGUGUACAUUCAACUUUUAAAAAAUAUAGGUACCUCAAAAUUAAACUUUUUGAAAUAGCAAAUCGGCCUCUUAAAAGCUAAACACGAAAAACAAUUUUAGAUACAAAAUUGUAAAAAAAUAAAAAUUUCCAAUUAUUAUUGGAUUUACAAUUUAAUAUUUGCCUUUAUAAAUGUAUAAAUUUAAUAUUUUUUGUCUGGCACGAUAUUGGUCGUGUCCCUGACGUCCAAGUCCGACUCUGUGUCCGACAGAUCGUCCUCGUUAUCUUGACGCGGGACGUCGAUUCUUAGCCUUUCGGUGCCCUGUUAAUUCAAAUACUUUUCAAAAAAUAACUUUCAUAUAAUAAGUUUCAUUUAUUCAUCUAAUCUCAUUUAUUAAAAAUCGAAUAUUUUCCGAUUAAUGUUCGUUAAAUGUACAUAUUUUAAUUUUACAAGACUUUUUUCGAUUACCCGAUUUGUAUCUACAGUUUCAAAUUUUAUUACUGCGUAUUCAGACAAGAGUUAUUUUUGUUCGCUAAAUGUGAUGUAUGAAACGCAUUUUUCUGUUUUGAAAAUAAUCAUAUAUUUCAUUUCACUUUUACUAAUUCCUCGAUUUCCACAAUGUUAAAAACAUUUUGAAAUAGCAAAUCGGCCUCUUAAAAGCUUAACACGAAAAACUAUAUUGAACACAAAAUUGUAAAAUAUCAAAUUUUCCAAUUAUUACUGGAUUUACAAUUUUAUGUUUGU